GCGAGAACUGGGCCGCUGUAUAAAUUCCCUCACCGAGCCUGUCAGCUCCAGCACUCCUCUCCCUCCCGAGUCUUUCAGAAGGUGACAGUGGGACCAAAGCUGAGAUUAAAGAUGUCUGCAGGAAAAGCACAGAUUGGAAAGCCAGCCCCGGACUUCACAGCUAAAGCGGUGAUGCCAGACGGGCAAUUCAAUGACCUGAAGUUGUCAGACUACAGAGGGAAAUAUGUCGUCUUUUUCUUCUACCCACUGGACUUCACUUUUGUGUGUCCGACUGAGAUCAUUGCUUACAGUGACGCUGCCGAGGAUUUCAGGAAGAUCGGCUGUGAGGUCAUCGCUGCCUCUGUUGACUCACACUUCUCUCACUUUGCAUGGACAAACACGCCACGUAAGCAGGGAGGUCUGGGUGCCAUGAAGAUUCCCCUGGUGUCUGAUACACGACACACCAUCUCUACAGAUUACGGUGUCCUGAAGGAGGAUGAGGGCAUCGCCUACAGAGGUCUCUUCAUCAUCGAUGACAAGGGCAUCCUGAGACAGAUCACCAUCAACGACCUCCCAGUCGGACGCUCCGUUGAGGAGACGAUGCGUUUGGUUCAAGCCUUUCAGUUCACCGACAAACACGGAGAAGUCUGCCCUGCCGGCUGGAAACCAGGAAGUGACACCAUCAAACCAGACGUCCAGAAGAGCAAAGACUUCUUCUCCAAGCAGUAAUAAACCCAGAGCCAGAGUCUGCAGCCUGCUGUAGGAGAUUUCAUUUAGAUUACAUUUCCAGAGAACAGUUAUUUAAGUCAGCUGCUGUGCCUGUGGAGGAUCAGUUCAGAGGCAGUUUUUGUGCAUUUUCUAUUGUCUGUGGAUUGUGUCAGUGAACUUAUGACCAAAGUUGUGUAGUUAAGUUGUGCUAAUGUAAGCUGUUUACAUUAUGAAGGUGUGCUAAAUGUCUGUUUAUAAUUUCAUGUCAUUCCUCGCACAAUCUUGAAGUGAGAAGCACCAGACAAGCUCUUUAUUUUAGUGAAGCCACAAAUAACACCAUCUCAUUAUAUUUUUUAAUCUUUUUUGUUAUAGUGAAAAACAUCUGUUACCAAAAUAAAGAAUACAGUUUGUAACACUUAAUAAAGAAAUGUUGUUUACAAAAUUACUGUAAAAAUUAGACUUUUUUGUUUUCAAUUUUGACUCUGAUGUUCAAAUACAAACCCUCAACUAAUUUCAUGAUCUCCUGUUAAGGUUCUAUAAAAAAUAUUAAAAAUA